AUGACCUCCAUGUACGCCUCCAGGAUGAGUCGCACCUCUCGCGGCGAGGCCUUCGAGGCCAGGGAAUUCGUGACUUACUAUGUCAGCGAGAGGGAGAUCGAAGCCUGGAAGGAAAUAUUCGAUGCGUUUGAUACCGACCAGGACGGCGUCCUUGCUCCCAGGGACCUCCUGGAGGCGAUGUCGAAGUACAACGAUGGCUACCAUCCCAAGAGGAACCGCAUCUACCAGACCAUGGCCCUCUACGAUAAGGAUGAGAGCGGAAACAUCGACUUCAAGGAGUUCCUGAGGAUGCUCUUCGAAAGACCCUAUGAGCGCGACUCCAGCGAGGACCUUAAGCGCGUCUUCGGGGAAAUCGAUGCGGAGAAUAAGGGAUUCAUCAGUGAAGACGACCUAGCGGAUCUGGCGAUAGAGCUCAAGGAAAACCUUUCCCAGGAGGAGAUUCAAAUGAUAAUGCGGAAACUGGAUCCGAAGAGGACUGGCAAGAUCUCCCUGACCGCCUUCAUCGACUUCAACCGCGAACACAUCGUCUGA